UGGGCACUGACUGGCAGCACUGACUGGCACAACAGCUGGGCACUGACUGGUGGCACUGGUGGGCAGCACUGCUGGGCGGCACUGGUGGGCGGCACUGGUGGGUGGGCACAGGUGGGUGGCACAGGUAGGUGGCACUUCUGGGCACAGGUGGGCGGAACUUGCGGGUGGCACUGCUGGGCACCGAUCAUCAGGGCACUGAUCAUCAGUGCCCUGAUGAUCGGUGCCGAUCCCCGCUCUGACAACUGCCGGUUCUCGGCAGUACUUUCCUCAUGAUCUGACAGCGUGAGGAAAGUGCAGCCGAGAACCGGCACUUGCAU